AUGUCUUCUAGAAUCAACAUUGGAUUUAUCGGUCUUUCCUCGAAAGGAGGUUGGGCUUCGAGUGCUCAUGAAUCCUAUUUGAAAAAUUCUUCGAUCUACACUAUAAAAGCAAUUGCAAAUUCGACUAUUGAAUCUUCGAAAUCUUCAGCUGAAGCAUUUGGUGUUAAUAAAUACUAUGCAACAUCAGAAGAAUUAGCACAAGAUCCAGACAUUGAUACUGUCGUCGUAUCUGUUAAAGUUCCGCUACAUAAAUCUCUCAUCAUGCCUGCUCUCUUACAAGGCAAAAAUGUUAUCGUUGAAUGGCCUCUUGGACGAAAUCUUCAAGAAGCAGAGGAACUUACUCAAUUGGCUCGUUCAAAAGGUGUAAAAACAAUGGUAGGAUUGCAAGGACGUCAGUCUUCUGUUGUCAAGAAGAUGAAAGAGAUAAUUAGUUCUGGAAAGCUUGGCAAAAUAUUGUCUACACAUCUGUAUGCAGGAGGUAUAGCUUGGGGUGCUGCAGUAAAUGAAAGCAAUGCAUAUCUCGCUGACAUUGAAAAUGGAGCAAACAUGAUUACUAUACUUGGUGGUCAUUUAUUAGAUGCUAUGUGCUAUAUCUUGGGAGAAUUUGAAUCACUUACCGCAACAACUCAUAACGCAAGAAAAACUAUCGAACUUCUGGAUGAAAAAGGAAACAAAAUUCGUGAUAUACCACUCACAUCUCAUGAUCAGAUGAGUGUCAGUGGAGUCUUGACUUCCGGUGCAUAUGCAUCAGCUCAUUUACGUGGUGGUUCAUACAAAGGUACGAAUUUAUUGUGGGAAGUUGAAGGUACUCAUGGUGAAUUACAAGUUAGAGGACCAAAUGGACACCUGCAACUCUCUUUCCCAACACUUUACGCAAGCUUCGAUGGCGAAGAUAUGAUAGAAAUUGCAGUACAUGAUGAACAAGAUACUCAUGUCAAUGUUGGAAGAGCAUACGAUGAGUUCGCAAAAGAAGGAGGCUUAUAUCCUACUUGGGAAGAUGCUGUUAUUCGGCAUAGAAUGAUAGAGGCGAUUUAUAGGAGUGCACAAACUGGUACGAAGCAGACAUAUAAAACAACGUAUUAA